AUGACAAGAAAGAAGGUGAAGCUGACAUACAUAACAAAUGAUGCAGCAAGAAAAGCCACAUUCAAGAAGAGGAAGAAGGGCUUAAUGAAGAAGCUCACCGAGCUCACCACACUCUGCGGGAUCGAGGCGUGCGCCAUAAUUUUCAGUCCCUUCAAUUCUCAACCCGAUCUCUGGCCCUCUAUUGUCGGGCUCGAGAGGGUUCUCGCUAAGUUCAAAAGUCUAUCGGAGAUGGAACAAUGCAAUAAGAUGGUGAACCAAGAGACCUUCCUUCGUGACCGCAUAGCUAAAGCGACUGACCAACUCAAGAAGUUGCAAAGGGAGAAUCGCGAGAAGGAGAUCACAAGACUCAUGUUUGAAAGCCUCGUGGCUGGAGCGACUCCGCCACGAGAUCUCAAUAUCAUUGAUUUGUAUGAUCUUGUGUGGUUGGUUGAUGAGACAAUGACUGAUGUUUGUAAAAGGAUUGAGUUGCUUACGACAACUAUGACCGAACCGCCAGUCGUGUCGGCGGUCGAGCCGUCGUGGUUCAUGGAGAUGAUGAGUCAUGGAGCCUAUGAUGAUCAAAUGGGAUUCAAGAUUUGGGAUGAUGUGAUUCAACUUCCAAAUGAUGAUAACCAUGGUGCAUUUUGGUCAAACAAUGGCUCUCCUUGA